AUGGCUGCAUCUUUGUUGUUUGCUAUACGCUCAUCUCUAGCAGCCCUGUUAAUGUUUGUGACAGCACAGCAAUCCGGUAAGCCGAAGCAAUGCAAAUUUGUUUAAUUAUUUAAUAGGUUAUCAUUCACAUAAUCUUUGUUAUAUAGACCUCUAUGAUAUUUUGAUUCCUUGCUUGUUAUUUCAGAGGCUAUUGGGUGGAGCAAACAGCCUACCAAACCAACAAUCCUAGUAGAAGGAAUUAACAAUACUGAUCAGUCCCUCGUGUGGGAAUUCUUCCUUGAGUCAAACGAGACUGUUCAAAACGUUUUACUUCAAAGAAAAAAGCCUGGAGAAAAGAAUCCAACCACAUUCGCAUCCAGACUCGCUGGCUCCUCGUUUACCUUAUUGGAUGGUACAUACAGGAAAGAGUACGGUACAAGUCUUCCGAAUACGCUUAUUUUGAGAAAUGUCACAAAUGACGAGGAAUUUAUUUACUUAAUCGUGGUAAAUUACAUUAAAAACAACGUCGCUCAACCUCGUAAAAGCGAUCAAGUGGAAUUAAUUGUUUACGGUGAGUAAUGAUUUCUUAAUGGUGUGCUGUUUGAUUUCGCGAUCUCCUAGACUAUCAAAGAUCAAGUGAUUCCGCAUCGUAGUUUACUGUCAGAUACCUUCAAGCCUAUGCGUUAGCAGGUUUUUACCCAGAGCUUAAACUAAUAAUACUACCAUAACUGCUUCUAGUUUUGAAUUAAUGAUGAAUGGAUAACUUUUGAUUUAUCUUUAAAAGUAUAAGCGUUCGCAAAAGAGAAAGCUAACAUCAACCCAUGUGAAGCAUUUUAGAUAUGUACCCUAGCUUAAAAAUUAAAAAAGAAACUGUUACCUUCAAAAAUACGAAAGUAUUAAAUCAAAAUCUUAGCAUUUCGUCGUCAGUGAUCUUCUGGUUACCGUUCAGUAGCAUUUGGGAAACAACUAUGGAAGUCAGUCUCUCCUAUAUUUUUUUGAAGUCAUUCAGGGACGCUAAGCCUGCCAGUCAAUUUUUGCACACACACCAAAAAAUUCAACCAUGAGAGCAGUAAAAAACAAUCAACUCUAAGUGAGGAUAAAUUAUUAAUAAACAGUAUUCUUUACUAAAAUCUUAAAAAAAGCUGCACACAAAACUUCAGUAAAACUGAUAUUCAUAAAAAGAAAACGUAAAUGUCAAUACAAAAUUCCGGCAAAACCCCUUCGCGAUUCAAAAUUCCAAAAAAUCACAUAGAGUUAUAAAAAAAUCAAGUCAUUAUUGAUAAAUAAUGGCAUGUUUUAUUCCCCUAAAAAAAUGUCAAUAGUCUACUUUAAAAAAAAAAAAAUGAAUAUCGUGAUAACAGAACAUAGUUUCUCAGUAAAUGUAGAUAUGUAGAUUCGAGCAAAAAAAAAAAGUAAAAAUUUUAAAACAAUUUAUUAAGCAGAAAAACCUUUGUCAUGUUAUUUUUUCCACCUUAACUUGAAAGGUCAUGAUGAGAUGUUUGGUGAAAUUGUGCGUGGUUAAAUUGAUCGAUGAAAACACUUACAAAGUUAAUAUUGGAUGUGAAGUCAUGCAUCCUUUACUGAUUCAAUAUUUUAAUAUCUAAAAAUAUGGCUUACCUUUUGCAUUUAACAAUUUAUUUAUCUUAUAAACAAGCAUGCAUUAAGAGAAUUUAAACCUUGGCCUUUUUCAUUCAUUUGAAAAGAAAAUUCUAUCCUCAUUCUGCCAGCCCAAUUCUCCGACCUCAUUUAAUUUUAUGGUCGCCAGGGUGACGGGAUGAUCGUGUAGGCUUGGAAAAUGUCAACCAAAGCUUGACCAAUAACAGCAGAGGUUAUCAUAGAAACUAUAUGGAGCUGAUGAAUAAAAGUUGUAAAUGUGAUUCUUUAACAUUCCUGCUCUAAGGCCUGGUUGUCACUGGCACAUAAGCAUAAGCAUAACUCGCACGCACAGAAUGGCAUAUUUGACUCAAUUCUCUAUAACAGCUCUCCUCAACCCGAUGGUAAACAAGAUGGCAGACGCUUCGUCCGCCAUAUUGCUUUUGAUAUAUUCGCAUGAGGUCUGGGUCAAAGUGGCCUAUGAUUGGGCAACGUCCUUGUGUUUAUGCUUGUGCUUAUGUCGCCCCCGUUUUCACUAGUGAAAGCUACGACAUAAGCAUAACCAUAAGCACAAGAAGAACGAAUUUGUCCGUUCUUCUUGUGCUUAUACUUAUGCUUAUGUCGACCCAGUUUUCACUUGCAUACACGUGUGCUUGUGCUUAUGCUUAUGCUUAUGAGCUAGUGAAAACCGUGCUUAAGUUUCCUUUUAAUAACUGAUUAUCAACUUUGCAUUAUUAUUUUGCUAGCUUCGAAAUUAUAUGAUAAUUUUAUGAGAGAAUCACAACAUAUAUAUAGAUUUAGCCAGGGCUAAAAGCGAAGCUCUCGAUAAUAUUUAUAGUUUGCCCAGACAAAAUAUAUAAUCGUGUAAUUAUGCCAAGCGGCGAAGGUAACGAAAACGGUGAAAAAACAACAAUGUGCCUAACUAGCAAAAAAGCAACUUUGCACGUGUAGCACAGUUUGUUUGCACAUUUCUUUGCCGUUAUUUUGCACGACUACACCGUGAAACUUCCAGAAACUUCCUAGUUACAGGUGUUAUAGAGAAAAUUUCGCACGUGUUCAUGUCCAUUUUUUUUUUUUUCAGUGCCGCUCAUUUUCACCUUGAUGGCCGCUAGCAUUUCUUAUUUCCUCACCGCCGCUACAAAAUUUUCAUGUUGAUCUUCCAACAAAAAAUGUCUACUUUGUCUUUUAUUUCUCGCUCUAGCUGUCUGUCGCCUACUUUCUCAUUUUCUCUGUCUUUCUCUUUCUCUGUAUUGUAAUAAUACAGUAAUACUUUAGACAACAUGGAUACAGAAAUAAUUUCCCCUUUCCGUAUUUGUCUUUAUUGACUCUUGUGUCUCUGCUUCACUAGACGCGGGUGGCUAUGCGACUUUCCGCCACAAUGACCUCGAGCUGCAAUACCUGUUGAUUGAGUUAUUUUAAAUUAGUUUGCCUGUGGUGCGGACGGACGGACGGUCGGUCGGGCGGUCGGGCGGCCAUACGGUCACGUGAUUACCAAAAUUUCUCGGAUGGUAGAUUACCACAUUUAGGUAUGGGGCUGCGCUCGUGCGCGCUUCACGAGCGUGGAGGUCCGCCAUAAGGCAGCUGUAGUGUGCCUAGACAUGAAACUUUAAAUUCACUUAAGUCAAAACGUCUGGCGUUCAAUCCAUUCAAACAUCCUACUAAACUUAACAUUUUAUUGAAUUCUCUCGGCUUUUGCAAGACUAUAAGGAGGAUGGGUGGAGGAGGGGGCUGGGGUAAAAUCGUUUGUGGGUGCCUGAAAUUCUUUCAGGCACAGUGUGCAACUGAAUAGAGGAGAAUGACAUUUUUUGGGGGUUUUAUGAGCUUUUUUCUCGCCCUUUAAUCAACUUUGGCCAUUUUUUACAUUUCAGUUCCUCCAAAAAUAACUAAGGAGCCUGUAAAACAGUCAGAAGUAGACGUUGGACAAAACUUGAUGCUCUCGUGUAAAGCAGAUGGCGAUCCAACGCCAAAAAUCAUCUGGACCAAGGACGGAGUCCCUUUUAAACAAUUUACUUCUAGUGGUUCCGAUCUACAUCUCACAAAUGUACAGAGGGAGAAUGUUGGAUCCUACAGAUGUACAGCAACUAAUGCAUAUGGAAGUGCCACCAGUAUCGCCGUCGUUAACAUAAAUUGUAAGUAG